AAAUUAACGGGGCUUCGGGGGCGCCUGUUGGUUCAAUGCACGGUGCUCAAGAAGUCGUCGGGUGACGCGCUCCACCAUCACACAACAAUCACAGACUUCACAAGCCACGGCCGUGAUCAACGACCGUGACCGCUGUUGUUAUCACACCACCUCCACCCCGCCGACAGGAGUGAAGCCGCUUCCCCUCCGGUGAAUCCGUGAAGGGGAGUGGGUGAACUCGUCCAAGCAGCGCAGAGCACUAGGAGCCGGGCGCCAGGCUGCAGCUCGCCUUUGCCUGGCCAGCGCACACGCUGCAGCAAUUAAGACACCCCCCAUAGAGACCCCCCCCCGGGCUUUCCUGCAAAGCCCAGGGCCCGAGCCCUGCUCGUGUACGGAGGGGGCCGAGCUGCCGGCCUGCUGCGUCGGUUCUGCACCGCGCAGUACUGUAACAGAAAGCGGCCCUCCGACUGACGCCAUAUUGGCACAACCAAAAUGGCCGCCUAGAGGAUCCCUCUAUACGCGAGUUACUGGUUCGCUCGGUUUUCCUGUUUUAAUCCCCCCCCCUCUCCUGGUGUAGAGCUAAGGGAAACCCCAACGAGCCCCCAGACCGACCUUCACUCCAGAGCAAGCAGAGAGAAAGCCGCAGGAGCCUCCAGAAAAACAUGAUCAAGUUUUUCCUGAUGGUCAACAAGCAGGGUCAGACACGCCUGUCCAAGUACUACGAGCACCUGGAUAUUCAGAAGCGAAUGUAUUUGGAAGCUGAAGUCAUUAAAAACUGCCUGUCCCGGAGAAAAGAGGAGUGUUCCUUUGUUGAAUAUAAAGACUUCAAGCUCAUUUAUCGACAGUAUGCAGCACUUUUCAUCGUGGUUGGGGUGGACGACACUGAGAACGAGCUGGCAGUCUACGAGCUUAUACAGAAUUUUGUGGAAGUGCUUGACAAGUAUUUCAGCAGAGUGAUAAUGUUUAACCUGGAGAAAGUGCACAUCAUUUUGGAUGAAAUUAUACUGAAUGGACGCAUUGUGGAAACGAAUAAAAACAGGAUCCUGGCCCCUUUACUAGCCCUUGACAAAAUGGCAGAAAGCUAAGGGAACAACUGAAGCCAGGACUCUUAAAUUUCAUAUGGGGAUUGAAGAGACUAAGAAAUCAGCAUUUCAUGAUGGGUCCGAAGCAGUAUGGAAUUACCUUGUACUUAACAGAAUAAAUCUUACAAUUUCAUUAAUAACACUUGUCUGAUGCAUUAGAUAACUAAAAGUUAAAGAUUGCCAUGUU